AUUCAAGUGAUGAACAGCCAGUAUAAUACAUGUUUAAGGCGAGGUGAAAAUGAAGGGUGCGGUUAAACAAAAUAGAUAAAUUAAGUAUAUGGAUAAAUUCAAUUCUGGAUAGUGUUCAUUAGCUCGCUUCAAAUAUUUUUGCCUUAAUACAAUGAAAUUCAUUAAUAUUGGCGAAACACACAAGGUAAUAAUGGGAAAGUCUACUCCGAAGAAGCUGCGUGUCUCCAAAUGAAUUGUUUUUGGAACCGCAGAUAGUCAUGUAUAAAUAGAUUGAAUAUCCUUUAGUUUCCACUCCGUGGAAUCAGGGGAUCAGCGUAUAUCUUCGGUGGGUCAUUUGGAGGAAUUUAUUCAUUUCCCAUCAAAUCUGAUCCUCAGGGACUAAGGUUUUAGAAUCAGAAAAAGGACCCUUGUCUUUUGGAGAAAAAUGAAUGGAACGAACAGAUCAGGUGUUGUGGACGUCCAACCUGUGGAGUACCUGAUACCUGUUCCGCUAUAUUACAUCAUAGGUACAGGACUGCUAAUUGUCUUUACCUUUGGAUCCUUCAUGAACUUUACGGGUUUGCUUGUUUUUGCCAAAAAUAAGAAUCUUCGAUCUCCAACAAACACGUUCAUUAUCUCGUUAUUGCUUGGUGACUUUGGGAUGAGUAUUUGUAGUUUUAUUUCUAUGACUGCCCAUUUCAAUCGCUUCUUUUUCUGGGGUGAUAGCGUCUGUACGUUCGAAGCGUUUUGGAUGUACUUUAUGGGACUAUCCAACAUGUACACCCUUAUGGGCAUCUCAUUCGAUAGAUACUUUGUCAUAGCCAAGCCUCUUCAAGCAAACAAAAUCACUUCCAGAGUCGCUGUCGUCGCUUGUCUAGCCAUCUGGUUUCAAGGAUUCUUGUGGGCAGCGUUUCCAUUUUUUGGGUGGGGAAGCUACACAUAUGAGCCGGCGCGGACUUCCUGCUCAGUGAGAUGGGAUACGGAUGACAUAGAAUCAGCAAGCUAUAAUAUCUCUAUUUUUAUUUGGAGUUUAUUCCUACCAUUAAUGCUGAUACUAUAUUCCUACUACAACGUUUUCAUGACUAUACGACACGUGGCAAGAAGUGGUGUUUGGGAUAUGAGCAGUAGAAUUGCCAGACGAAAUCUUCGGAUCGAAAAGAAGAUGUUUAGAACAAUAGUGUACAUGUUAUGUUCCUUCAUGGGCUCCUGGACUCCCUAUUCUGUUGUGAGUCUGUGGGCAAUAUUUGGUGAAGCCAAAGACAUUCCGCCAUACCUGAUGACAGUUCCCGCUGUAAUUGCAAAGUCGGCUUGCAUCUGGGACCCAAUAAUCUACGUAGGUACCAACAAGCAGUUCCGCAUGGCGUUCUACAACACCAUACCAUGUUCAGGUCUCGGCAAAAUGUUGAUUCAGAGGGAGGAACAGAAAGAUAAAGAAGCAGACGCCUCGGACGAGGAGGACGAAGGUGGAAACAAGGUGGAAAAGGCGCAGAUCAAGAAGACUACGCUAGUGGCGCCAGUUGAUGAUGAAGCAGGGCAGACGACACAAGUGGAAAACUUCAGUCCGCCAGCAGGACCGUCUGAUAAUCCAUAAAGAUAUCAGUGAAUGUGAUUGGUUGAUCCAACCUGAGGUGCAAAAUCCUACCCGGAGAGUCUUCUUGAAAAAGGCAUGUGAGAUACCCAGGGUUGAAUUGGGUGAACGACUUUUGAGAUUCAGUCGUAUUAACUUAAUCAGUUAGUCUAAAUUUAUCUGAUAAGGACGAUCGCGAAGAUUUUGUGCGCGAAAUUUGUAUGUUUAAAAUAUCAACAGGAUAGUGCUCAGUGCGAUAGUUUAUAGAAAGUUGUUUUGUUUAUGCUUAAUUCUGUCUUUAAAAAAUUCUCUUACCCCAUCCCCACUUGAGACAGAAAAUACAUGUAGAAUGUAAAAUUGUAUGUCACUGUGUAUAGCUUGUUCUUAACUGUAUCUUG